GGAAACCAUCGCUGCUGCUGCCUCCUGCAAAACCAAACAAUCAUUUCUGUUUACCUGCUCUGUAGAGACACUACAACAUGUCUUUCUGCCAGUUCUUUGGAGGUGAAGUCUACAAGGAUCAUUUCAAACCAGGAAUGUACGUGUGCUCCAAGUGUAACCAUCCCCUGUUCUCCAGUCGCUCCAAGUUCACCCACUCGUCUCCAUGGCCGGCUUUCACCGACACCAUCAGAGAGGACAGUGUCACCAAGAUGAUGGAGACUCUCACUGCCUUCAAGGUCCUGUGUGGCAAGUGUGGCAACGGGCUGGGCCAUGAGUUUGUGAAUGACGGCCCAGAGGAGGGAGUGUCACGUUUUUGAAUAUUCAGCCACUCGCUCAAGUUUGUCCCAAACAAAGGCAAAGACAAACAGUAAAGCGAGAGGUCAGGUUUCCACCACAGCUGCUGAAUCUGCUGCUCGGUCCUGGAUGAUGUGAAAGUGUCGGGUCAGCCGGUGAUGUGGACGGGAGAAAGGCCCAAGAGGGACGUCCUGUCCACUGAAGAAUCUUUGACCAGACUCUGACACAGGUCACCAGGACACACGCUGCAAAUAAUCCUUUACUUGAGAUUUGUCACACUCUUUGAAUACCUCAUGUUUAAAUACACGUUUAACUCAUUGCAUAUUAUGAUGAUGUCUCUGAUGAUGACAUGUAUCAGGUACAUGUCAUCAUGUAUCAGGUACAUGUUGCAAGAAAUUAGGUUUUUUAUCAGCUUUUAAGCAGUUUUCCAUAAACAAGUCAUUGCUGCUAUGAAUUUCACUGAAUUUCUCAUUGUAUGGCUUCUAUCAUUUACUCCUCAAAGUAAACACAAACAUAUUAUCUAUGCACUGAUGACAUUUCUAAUUAGUUUGUACUUUUGGUGUUUGUUCUCUAUGUUUAUUUUGAAAUCAUGCAGUAGCAAAGAAACUGUUAACCCACUGAAUGAUUCAUGUACUUUAAUUACAUCUACUGGAAAGUUCUUUACUUCACCUGAGCAGAAAUGCAAAAUAAUACGUCACUUGUAACCCUUGUGUAUUUGCAUUUUUCUUGGUUAAAACUCACAUCUUAGUCAAAAGUUAAGAAAAUGAAAUUGUUUGUUUUAGCCUCUAUAUUGACAGUAUAUUGAUACUUA